CUGCAGGUCCCAGACUGCAGAGCAGGAGCUGCAAUGGAGUCCAAGUGGGACGCACUGAGUGCACUGGGGGCCAUCACGGCCGCCUGGCUGCUGCUGACGGGGACCUGGGGAGUGGCCCGCGCUGUGUACGUGUACCUGCUGCCCCAGGUCCGGAGGGGCAAUGCUUGGCUCCGGGCACAGGGAGCCUGGGCAGUGGUGACAGGAGCCACCAGCGGCAUUGGCAAGGCCUACGCACACGAGCUGGCCAGGAGGGGGCUGGACAUAGUCCUCAUCAGUAGAAGCCUCAGCAAGUUGGAGCAGGAGGCCAGGGAGAUUGAGCGCCUGCAUGGCAGGUCCACGCGCAUCAUCCAGGCCGACUUCACCGGGGGCUUGGAGAUCUACGGUGCCAUCGAGGCAGGACUGCGGGGCCUGGAGAUCGGAGUCCUGGUGAACAAUGUGGGCAUGGCAUAUGGAGGCCGUGGAGGAGUCUUUAGGAAGCUGCUGGACCUUGAGGACCUGGGCCAGAGCGUAUCAGAUAUCAUCAACUGCAACGCGAUGUCGGUGGCACAGGUCAGUCGGGCCAUGAGGGCCAUGUCCAGGGACAGUGCAGCUGCCACCACCCUGGGGGCGCGGGUGCCCUGGUCAGCCCCUGAGGGGACUGGGACACCACUUGCUGUGGUCAUGCUGGAUUCCCCAGCCCCCGCCUCCAGGCUGCCCAUUCCCGACCCUCCCCGUUUCCAAGUCUUCAGUCCAGGCUCACUUGGGGCUCUUCACCCUCCUGACUCAGCCUCAGGGCUGCUGGGAUUAUGGGCAUGCAGCACCAUGCCAGGUGCCAGUCUCCCGUCUCCCAACCCUUUGAGAGUAGGGCUCCUGCUAAGGGAGGGACAGUCACCCCGCCCCUUCUUCCCAGGGGCAGUGACCCCUUCCAAUGCCAUUCCCUGCUCCAGGGGCAAAGGUGUCAUCAUCAAUGUGUCGUCCCAGGCUGGCUGCAGAAGAGGCAUCCCACUUCGGGCCUUAUACUCAGCCACUAAGGCCUUUGUGCGAUUCUUCUCGGAGGCGGUGUGUGAAGAGUACCUUCCUCAGGGUAUCACCAUCCAGACCGUGAGCCCCAUGUUGGUCUCCACAAAUAUGACCCACAACCUGCCAACCGGGCUGCUUGUGAAGGACGCCGACGAGUUCGCCCGAGAGGCGCUGGACACGCUGGGCCUCUCCUCCCACGUCUCUGGUUGCUUGGGGCACGCAGUGCAGAGCUUCCUGCUGCCUUUUGGCCUGCUUAGGUGGUUUCUGCACAGUCGACAAGGAGUCAGUCUUCUGUCUGCAGGAAGCAAGUCCAACCUCCCUUCCCUUAAACCUCAGUCUACUUAGUGAAGAUGUUUCCAAAGGGUUGACUCUUACGUGGCUGUCAUAAUAAAAUACUUGUAGGAUGGAGCCCCUCAAUCUAUGUAAA